AUGGAGUUGGAGAAUGGCACCAGAGUAAAAGAAUUUAUAUUUCUGGGACUUACUCAGUCCCAAGACCUGAGCUCAGUCUUAUUUCUUUUCUUAUUUUUGGUGUACAUGACAACUCUGCUGGGAAACCUCCUCAUCAUGGUCACUGUGACCUGUGAUUCCCGCCUUCACACUCCCAUGUACUUCCUCCUCCGCAAUCUAGCCAUCCUUGACAUCUGCUUUUCCUCCAUCACUGCUCCAAAGGUCUUGGUGGACCUUCUGUCAAAGAAAAAGACAAUAUCCUACACGAGCUGCAUGACACAGAUGUUCUUCUUCCACCUCCUUGGUGGCGCAGACAUUUUUUCUCUCUCUGUGAUGGCGUUUGAUCGCUACGUGGCCAUCGCCAAACCCCUGCGCUAUGUGACCAUCAUGAGCAGGGGUCGAUGUGCUGCCCUUAUCAUGGCCUCGUGGGUGGGGGGCUUUGUGCACUCUGUCGUGCAGAUUUCCCUGUUGCUUCCUCUCCCCUUCUGUGGACCUAAUGUUCUUGACACUUUCUACUGUGAUGUCCCCCAGGUCCUCAAAAUCGCCUGCACUGACACUUUCACUCUUGAGCUUCUAAUGAUUUCCAACAAUGGCCUGGUUACUACCCUGUGGUUUAUCUUCCUCCUUGUGUCCUACACGGUCAUCCUAAUGAUGCUGAGGUCUCAGGCAGGGGAGGGAAGGAAGAAAGCCAUCUCAACCUGCACCUCCCACAUCACUGUGGUGACCCUGCAUUUUGUGCCUUGUAUCUAUGUCUAUGCCCGGCCCUUCACUGCCCUCCCCACAGAUAAGGCCAUCUCUGUCACCUUCACUGUCAUCUCCCCUCUGCUGAACCCCUUGAUAUACACUCUGAGGAACCACGAGAUGAAGGCAGCCAUGAGAAGACUCAGGAGAAGACUCCUGCUGUUGGAAAGGAAAUAG